CCAGAGUGUGUGCGCAUCAACCACCGCGCUGCUGCCUGACCAUCGCAUUCUGUAAUAGGAAAUAACCUGUCCGCUUCGGUUUCUCUUUUACGCAACUCAGGUUUCUUUUUGCGAAUGCUCUUCGACACCAGAAUCGCCGCAACCCUCGGCGCCUCGCUCUUGGCCUUGCACACGUAUGCAACUUGGACUCGAAAGAAGAUGACUACUGAGAGCACCACCGCGGCGCAGGGUCCCUAUGAGCCUAGCGUUGCCGAUGUUCUCGUCACCAAGGCGAUGCUGUGCAAGGCCCUUCGUCUGCCCCCAGAGAUUGUCGAUACCAUCGUCGACCAUGCCGAGUACUGGCCGCAUACCACGACCCGGGUCGACUACCCAAACGACAGCUUGAUCGCCCGUGGAAAGAAUAACUUUGGAAACAGAUCCGCGACAGAGAAUGUCUUUCUCCUUCGCUCCCCACCGCUCGGUUUGCAUAACUGGAACCGCGUGUCCCGAGGCAUGGGCGACACUCCCAUCCACAGAACGGUGCCGAAACCACGACCGCCGGGUCAGGAAUUUUUGGUCGACGACUUCCAGGAGCUCGUCGCAUCACCCAUAUCGCUGCUAGCGCACCCUUGCCGCCGCAUCGUCUUUACCAUUCGCAGCCACGACCAAGGCUGGGGCGGCGCGCCUGGGGACCACGGCACUUACAACGGCUCGUGGACCUGGUUCGAGGCCGGGCUGGAGCGCUGGUGCAGAUCGAGUCCCUCGCAAAUAAGCUCGGCAGGCGGCCAACCGCCGCAGCAGCCUGACCACGGCCCAUCACUGAAGCUGGAUGACCUAUGCACCGUAUAUCCAGAGGUCGAGUGGCAGUCGGAGGCUCAAGCCUACGUCUUCAAGCACGACCUCCUUGCGCGAGAAGAGUACAAGGUCCAGUGUAACAUCACCGCGCAGAGGGAAACGCAGACCCACUGCGUCGUCUGGAGUUACACGGACGACAUCGAUCCUGAGCGCGACCCCGAGGCUGCCACCAGGCUCGCAGAGCAGGGCCGCGGCAAGGCUACAGGAAACGGCAAAUUUGUGCGCGACCUCAAGCUGGGCGACAUCGUCACCCUCUGGGCCAAGGCGAGAUUCCCCGGCUGGGCCAACCACGUCGAGUCGGUCAGGAUGGACGUGUAUUAUGCCGUUUGAGCAGCAAUCCUCAUAGCAUCAUCUCGCGUCGAGAAAGCACACAGUUCCUUGCCCAAGGCUCUCUCUCUCUCUCUCUCUCUCUCUAUAAGACACAUAGAACCUCUUGUGCACAAAGCUCGGAGAACUGCUUUUGCCCAUCGCGAGACAUGCAUCUGCCAGCCGAUGCAGAAUCCCGCCACAGCUUCCGGAGGUACGGAGUAAUCUGUACUAAAGCAGACCUGGGAACAAGGAGGCCAAGCAGGGCAACGUGCCAAACAAACUCAAUUCCUUGGUUACACGGGCACUCUGUCCCCUGAAAGCAAAGGGUUGACUUCUCUCUCGGUCCGGGCGGCC